CAUCAUCGCCACUCGCCAGUCGCCAGUCGUCACGGUCACAGUGGCACAGUCUAAUAUUGUCUAUAAUCGAAAAUCUAAAUAGGUUGGUAGGUACACCCGGAAGACAUAGUAUUUUCUGCGUCCAACACUCACGCAAAAGAAGCUCAUCCGGCCGGCCGACCGCGUACGAGAAUCGUAGAUAACGAACUUAUGAUAUAAAUCUUCCGCCGUCAUAAGUUUUAAAAUUCGGUGAUUAUCGUGAUCUCGUCUCCCUUCUCCCUUACCACGACGGCCCCCACUCGAAUAUUUUCUUCUUACUCCUUCGCCUCCCAACUGGUCGUGGCAAUUAGAGGGAACAACAGAAUCUAAGCAGACAGGACGUGCAAAAAAGCGGAGUAAAAAGUAACCCGCUGUGAGAAAGAGGUGAACAGGUUGAGUGAGGGAGACGGAAACGAAAACAAAACGGAUGAAUUUCGUCUCUGGAAGACUGGACGCAAGUAGCCAGGUACUCACGUAACAACAGUCAACGGUACCAACGUACCUAACUAACUACCUUAGUGUUACCGAACACUUGAUCCGGCACGCACCGCACUGACCUGCCGCCGCCGAUACGCUGACGUCCGAGCUUAUAAUAAAAAAAACAAACAGUUCAGCCGAAUUAGCGACAAGAGCAGCGCAUGCGAUUUAAAAAUCAAAUGCCACUUUCAGUGUCAAGUUGAAGGAGUUGACGAAAUUCGUCAUUGUUGUCUCAUUCUUCUCCAUAUAUUGCAACAACUUUAAUCAAGAUGCCUCCAUACAAUUCUGUAAAAAGUCUACAAUCUUUAGCACUAGAACAGGCAUGCAAACACAUACUAAACAUAUCUAACAAUAUGAAAAAAGAUGUAAAUGGAUCGCGUGAAUAUUUUAUUAAUAAUGUACAUGCUUGGGCCAGAACCAACAUUUUGAACUACACCAAAGUUCUAUUGGAUAAUGGUGAAAAAGAUAAUGAAAUUUGGAGUGAACUAAACUGUGUAAUGAUUGACACAAAUCCAUACAUAAAAAUAUUGAGUGUUAAACUUAGCAUAUGGUUAAUAAUAUUAAACGCCAUGUUGGACAUUGGGGUUGCUCGAUUACCACCUUUAUAUCUUCACGCAGGUAUGGAAACUGAAUUCGAAGAAUUUGUUUCUAUAUUGAACCGUAAUAAUACUCAUCUCAAAGAACUGUCUGUGACCUUUCAAAUGUCAAGUAAAAAUAACUACACUCCAGCCGUGUACGCUUCAAUGUAUAAUCUUCAGAAAACGUUUCAUGAAGGUCUAGCUUCAAAACUUGUUCAUUUAAAGCUCGGUGCUAUUUGUGAUAAUGCAAUAUUGAAAACUAUUGGUGAACAUGCUUUAUGUUUAAAACAUUUAGAUGUAUCCGGUUCAUGGAAUGUUGACGAAGCGGGCAUCAAACAUCUAUUGUUUAAAAAUGAUGUGUAUGUGGAAACAAUAAACGUAUCAAACGAAUUACUCUGUCAGCAUCUCAGCCAUAUGUAUGACAAUAAGUCAAUGUUGAAUAACUGCUGUUUUACUUUAGAAGAAUUGAGGAUUCAGGAUACAAAUACAGAAGAUGCUAGUUUACUGAUGAUACUUGCAUGUGUCAAGAGCCUAAAAGCCUUAGGUGGUUUUCUAUACUUCAGGAACAUUGGUGAUGCUUUGGUAACCGUAUGGGAAAACUCCCCCAAGCCACGUAUAUUCCAGUUGACUGAAUUGUAUGAUAUGCAGCUAACAGGCAAAAAAAUAGCUUCACUCAAAGAAUGUUUACCAUACCUAAAAAAGUUGUACACCCGACUAUCAUGUGUCUGUACGCCUGAAGAUUUUGCAGAUCCAGAACAAGGAUCCAUGUUUUGGGGCCGUGUACAAACACUAACUAUUGAUCUUGAUUACAUGAUGAAUUUUCAUUUUAUCAACUUUGUGUUUAACUAUGGUCGCAACUUGUCUGAACUCACUAUUCUUGACCAGGAAGCUGAUAUAGAUGUGGCCAAACUCCUGGCUAGUUGUCCAAAUUUAUUAGUGCUUAAAGGAUUUUUACAUAUUUUUGAAAUGCCAGUCGGAAAAUUUACAAAACUGAAAUCAAUCGAAUUACACAUGCCAACUGUUGAAACAAUUAAUUGGUUUUUUGAAAACUGUCCUUGUUUAGAAGAAGCCAAACUUUAUAGUGAUUCAAGACAUCUUUAUUGGAAUACACAAGUUUUUGAGAGACCCCCUUUAAUAAUGUGCAAUAAUCUCAAAAGAUUAGAGAUUUCGUUCAAUGAUGAACACCCGAUUACUAAUCACCAAACAGUUAUAAAAUUCAUUGAAAAAUGUUCAAAACUACAACAUUUGGGACGAUUAGAUAAAUGGAACCUGGAUAAGAAAUUUGUAAAACAAGUAAAACUGUAUAUUAAAAAGAUGAACUACGAGCUUAACAUUUACUAG